AUGGAUUACCUUAAAUCUGCGCUUCCUUCACAAAUAAUGGCAGAACGAGGCUCCAAUCUUGUUGUUAUCAACCCUGGUUCUGCAAAUAUUAGAAUUGGCCUUGCUUCACAGGAUACCCCUUUUAAUGUUCCUCAUUGCAUUGCUCACUAUACCAAACAGGUUCCUAAGAGGAAUGUUCAAGAUCAGAUGCUUAAUAGUCAGGUUACAACUGCACAGCACAUGGAAAGGGAAAAGGCUUAUGAUGUUAUUGCAUCUUUGUUGAAGAUACCCUUUCUGGAUGAAGAACCUUCCGGCAACUCUUUUCCCCGAAAGAUGGGACGUGUUGACGGAUACAAUUCACAUAGUAACAGGAAAGAUUCGCCUUUCACUUGGACUAACGUUUACGAAGAGGUCACUAGUUCGUCUUCACUUUCAGCAUUAGAGACUACAAAUAAAGACGAGGCUAGCGUGUCUUUGGACUCAAAAGAUGGUACAGAUUUCAAGGAAAUUGGCACGAGCAAUCGAAAAUUCAGAGAGUUCAUUUGUGGUGAGGAAGCAUUAAGGAUAUCUCCCACUGAACCUUAUUGUUUAUGCCGUCCAAUCCGCAGAGGACACUUGAAUAUUUCACAACACUAUCCUAUGCAACAGGUGCUUGAGGAUCUGCAUGCUAUAUGGGAUUGGAUUUUAAUAGAGAAACUGCAUAUUCCUCGCAAUGAAAGAAACAUGUACUCUGCUAUUCUUGUGAUGCCAGAAACAUUUGAUAAUCGUGAAAUAAAGGAAAUUCUAUCCGUAGUUCUACAAGAACUAUGCUUUGGCUCUGCCGUGGUGCACCAGGAAGGUCUUGCUGCAGUUUUUGGAAAUGGAUUAUCAACAGCAUGUGUAGUGAAUAUUGGUGCUCAGGUUACAUCACUUAUAUGCAUAGAGGAUGGAGCUGCUCUACCAUCAACUGCAAGGACUUUAACUUUUGGCGGUGAGGAUAUAUCAAGGGGUCUUCUCUGGACGCAAAGGCAUCACCAGACCUAUCCACAAAUUCGAACAGAUAUGUUGACAAAGCCUAUUGACUUGUUAAUGUUAAAUCAACUGAAAGAGUCAUAUUGUGAAAUCAGAGAGGGGCAACUUGAUGCCGUUGCAGUAGUUCAUUCCUACGAGGACAAAGCGCCGCCUGGAUCUCACAGGACAAGGCUUACUGCUCUCAAUGUUCCUCCCAUGGGGUUGUUCUAUCCAAUGCUUUUUGUUCCAGACGUGUAUCCUCCUCCACCACGGACUUGGUUUAGUGACUACGAGGAUAUGCUAGAAGAUACAUGGCAUAUUGACUUUUCCCGAAGGUCUGACAUGUCAGAUACUUUCUAUCCUAAUGUCAAUGGAGGAUUGCCGAUGUGGGAAAGCUAUCCUGUUUACUCAACUAAGCCGAAAAAAGAAGAAAAUCUCGGCCUUGCCGAAGCUAUUACCAACUGCAUUCUCUCAACUGGUCGCAUAGACAUCCAGAGAAAAUUAUUUUGUAGCAUACAAUUGACCGGCGGCGUGGCUUUGACAAAUGGUUUAGUUCCCGCAGUUGAAGAAAGGGUUUUACACGCUAUUCCUCCAAAUGAAGCAAUUGAUACAGUCGAGGUUAUACAAUCAAGAUCAAAUCCGACAUUUGUAUCAUGGAAAGGCGGGGCGAUUCUUGGAGUACUGGAUUUAGGUAGAGAUGCAUGGAUAAACAGGGAAGACUGGAUUCAAAACGGGGUUCAUGUUGGGAGUAACAGAAAAUACAAGGAUUCUUAUUAUCUUCAAGCUCAAGCUAUGUGUUACAUUAAUUCUUGA